UUUCUCCCUAACUUUCAUCUCCAUCUUCUUCACUUUCAUCAACAAUUCAUUCUACUGAUCAAAAUAGUCUUCAUAGUUUCACAGAAUAUGACCAUUUUCUCAAUUCAGGCCUUCAAGUUUUUCUUUCUACUUUCCUUCUUCAUUUCACUUUCUAAUGGCUUCAGCCUUGGGAUCAUCCCUAAUCAUGGUUGCCGUUUAAAUGACCAUUUACUGCAGAACAUUCAUGUGUGUUUUAUUUAUUUUUCUUCAGCUAAGUCUAUCAAUUUGAAGCAGAAAGCAGCAGCAACUGAAGAGAAUGGAGCAAAGAAAGACAUGAGAAUGGAACUGUACCCAACAGGGUCUGCUUUGCCAGAUUGUUCUCAUGCAUGUGGUUCUUGUUUUCCUUGCAAGAGGGUGAUAGUGAGCUACAAGUGCAUGGUUGCAGAGUCUUGCCCUGUAGUUUAUAGGUGCAUGUGUAAAGGGAAAUAUUACCAUGUACCAUCCAAUGGUUGAGACCAUAUGUUUAUGUUUGAGAGUGGUUGAUCAUAGUUAAAAUUCUGAAAAAGAUCUGUGACAGAAAAUUUGACAAUUUAGUUUAGUGUAGUGUAGUGUAGGUUGGUUAGACUCUACUUUUGCCUUUAUUAAAGACAUGACAACUUUGUCAGCAAAGUAAUGAAUGUUCCAAAAAUGAAACAUGAUCCAUGCUAUAAGGAAAUGUUUGUUUACUUCUGAGUACUGCAGUUUUUUCUGCUAUAUAUGGAAGUACAAAGUUGUGG